AUGGGACUGUGGGGUGAGAGAGUAUUUGAGGAUAGGAGUCAGUUAUGGAGAGUGACGUUGAUGGGGCAAGAGGCAACGGGCUGGAUCGUGUGGGCAGCUGGUUAUCAAGAACAUGCUGGUCUCAACCCACACGACCACUACCAUCAUCAUCAUUACCCACAUUCAUCAGCUCAUCAUACCGAAUGCUAUCAAACUCUUUCGUGUCCAUCGGAUCUUCCCAUCGAAACUUCCUACUACAACAAUAUGCCACCGACCUAUCAAGAUCUCGGACAAACUGAUCUCAGCCCUCAAUUCUGGUGUGCUGAAGUGGAUUGUGCUCACGAGAGAUGUGCCACAAGAGAAAUUCCUCACGAACAAUCUAAGAUCUUCGAAGAGAUCUCCAAGGAAUGUGAUCAUAUUCUGAACAAUUCGGACGAAUGUGAAAAAUGCAAAGUGCAACAUGAAGACGGUGCUCAUGAAGCAAUUCCAAUCAAUGAUCUCGUCGAUAUUGUCAUGCAAACUGUCGAUAAUAUCAAGAAGAAUGACUCUUCUCAAGAAGAAACCAAGAUGCUCUCCCGUAAACGUGAGCAGAAUAAAGUGGCUGCUGCCCGUUACCGUGACAAACAGAAGGCAAAAUGGCAGGGACUUUUGGAUAAAAGAGAGGCUGAAGAGAAACGAAAUGUUCGUCUCAAACGACAAGUUACUCAAUUGGAAAAAGAAGUUGCCGAAGCGAGACAAGCAUUCCUUCUGAAACUUUCCCAAAAGUAG